UUAUUACUAAUAGUGUCAAGAGCGAGAGCGAGAGCGAGUGUCGAGAGCGAGAGGCAAGAUGGCGGACCUCCUGCCAGAAUUCGAGCAACAGUUCGCCACAAUUACAGCGGACAUAACGUCCAAAAUCUGCCACAUUUCGUCCCGGGAAGGAGCUGAGAAGAGAACUCUAAUACAUGAUGUUGAGAAAUUGGUGGAAGAAGCCAAAGAGGUGCUGGAAAGGAUGGAGCUGGAGGUGCGAGACCUCGAGCCACAGCAGAGAGAGAGAUCAGGGGGCCGUAUUAAGAGCUACCAAGUCGAACUGAAACGCUUGGAGGGGGAGUUUGUGCGUUCUAGGUCAUCCUCGAAUGAAGCUAGCAUGAGAUCAGAGCUCCUGGAGAGUGGGCAUGCAGGCCUUAGCACGGGAGAGGAACAGCGGCAGGCUCUUCUGGACAACGGAGAUGUCUUAGAACGCACGUCCAUGAAUCUAACACAGGGUCACAAAAUAGCUCUGGAAACCGAACAUAUUGGAGCACAAAUCCUGAAUGACCUUCACAGCCAAAGACAAACCAUUAGUCGUGCUAGAGAGCGGCUGCGAGAAACGGACACUGACCUGGACCAGAGUUCCCGCGUGCUCAAUACAAUGCUACGGAGAGUGUUGCAGAACAGAUUCAUCCUUAUCGCUGUAUUUGUUGUCCUCUUUAUUGUUAUAGUCAUUGCUAUAUAUGUAUCUUUUACUAGAGACUGAUAGCUCCUUGUUUAUUAUCAAAGAUGUUUCCACUAUAAUUUUAUGUAAACUCAUAUUGUAUUUUUCAGAAAUAUAUAUUAUACUCUUAAAA